CCGCAUAGCUAUUUGACAAGCUAUUGUACAUAUAAUAUUUUAUUUUUAUACUCGUAAUACUUAUCUAGACAGGCGAUAUGUCAUCCGAUCAGUCAAAAUAUGCUAUACAUGCUGCCGCCCGGGAAGGUAAAGUUACCGUUGUCGAGUCAUUACUAAAUGCAGACCCGAAAUUAUCUCGUCUUAAAGACGACGACGGUCGUCUUCCUAUCCACUGGGCGGCGUCUGCAAACAGCCACCCCGUCGUUUUAAUGUUAACCCAACAGAAAGAAUUCGAUCCAAAUGUUGAGGACGACAGCGGCUGGACUCCCUUAAUGAUUGCGGCAAGUGUAAAGGAUGGCGACGCAAUCGUAGAGCUGUUGCUAUCGAGGGGCGCAGAUGUGAACCAGAAGAACAAUAAUGGGCAGACGAGUCUUCACUUUGUUGCCUCUAAGAACAACCUCGAAGUAGCCCGCAAGCUUUUGGACAACAAGCCACCGGCGUCCGCCCGGGUAAGGGAUAGGCGUGGCCAAUACCCGCUCCAUCGAGCUGCAGCGGUAGGCUCGGUGCCUAUGGUUAACCUGCUGCUGCAGAACCGAAGCCCUCUUGACGCAACCGACAACGCCGGUUAUACUUCUCUACAUCAUGCCGUCGCUGAGGGUCACGGAGCCGCCGCGGUUGCCUUACUCAAGGCCGGCGCCGCGACCGACAAGCGGGACUCGGACGGAUAUCUCGCACUAGAUCUUGCGCCCGAUACAGAGGUUCGCAAAUAUGUCGAGCGGGAGGCUGAAAAUGAGGGGAUAGAGCUGUGAGAGUAUACUACGGGUGGCUUUGACUAUUGUCAUAGAUUGCGUGUGCUAAUUGUGAUAAUGUUUCUUGAUG